AUGCAGCAUUCCUGCAGGUUUGUGUGAGAAGUGAAAGAGAAAGUACACUGAGGGUUGUACUUUACAGGAGAUGAAGAUGCUGUGCGUCGACAAUAAACACAGAGAAGUUGUCCAACAAGCUGCGGGAAUGUCUUGAAAGUGUGAAUCUUACAACUGAAGCUGACAGUGUUGCAGUGGACUGAUAGAUUUGUCAAAAAGGAAUCAAAAUGGAUUUCUUUGAAAAUGGUCUACGGUAUUUCUACAACAUGUUGUUCUCUCCAGCAGCCAGUAAGUACCAUGGCUUGUCAAACCAAGGAGCAACAUGCUACCUGAACAGUGUGCUGCAGGUGCUGUUCAUGACCGAAGACUUCAGAGAGGCUGUGAAAAGGCACACCUGUGAAACCUGUGGCCCUAAGUGUAUUGAUCGACAUCUUGCAUCCUUGUUUGAUGACUUAAAAGGAUGUACGGCAUACACCUAUAAAAUCACCAAGAAGCUGGGCAUCGACAAUGUGUAUGAACAGCGUGAUGCUGCUGAGUACUUUGAGAAGAUUUUAGGUCUGACCAGUCCUGAGGCAUCACAGAUCUUCCACGGAGAGUCGACACACAAGACCAAAUGUUCUGCAUGUUGUGAAGAGACCGAAGCCGGCGGGGCAUUUUGGUAUCUUCCUCUUGCAUUGGAUGAUUCUAACAGUGAAGACUAUAGCGUGGUGGAUGGUAUUAAGGAGUAUUUCAGAACUUCAGAUUUCAGCGGAGAAAACCAGAUGUACUGUGACAAGUGUGAUGCCAAAACUGAUGCAACUAUUAAAUGUGUAAUAAAGCAUCAUCCAGAGGUUUUGAUGCUGCUGCUGAAGAGGUUUGAGUUUGACUACAGUUACAUGAGAUAUGUCAAAAACAACCGCACUGUGGAUGUUCCCUGCACCCUACAGAUACCAGAGAAUCAGACGUAUGAACUGUACGCAGUUGUGGACCAUUUUGGAGGUCUUAGAGGUGGACAUUACAAUGCAACAAUCAAACCUCAGGAGGAGGAGAAAUGGUAUAACUUCAAUGAUGACAGCGUCACAUUGCUUGGAUACCAGCCAUUCCAGGUGGAUAACAUUGAGAAAUCCAGCAGCGCUUAUCUUCUUUUUUACCGGAAAAAGACGGUGCAUGCUGCAGGUGCUUGUACUCAGGACAGAGAGGUGUCUACUCCUGAAAAAAACCUGCAAGCUACCGAUGAUGUCCCGGGAGGAUCGUUUGAACCGGGGAAAGGAGACGGUGGAAUGGGUGACAAAGGGGGCAAAAACCGAAGUAAAGAACAGCUCCUCUCUUUUUAAAAUCUACUCUGGAUAUAUCUGUUCCCUUCUGGGACACACUUUAAUAACACACCAGAGCUGCACUUCAAUGGAAAAAGAAUCACCUAACCCUGCGUAGGGAAGAGCCCCCCUCCUCCCUUUUUUAUGUUCACCCCUGCACUUAAAAGACUCUGUGAUGAUAUAGCCUACAGUAAUUGCCAGUUCAAGCCUUUUUUUGUGUUAUCAUUGACCCAUCUUUUAAGCCCAUUUCCAAAAAAAUGUAUGGAUUUAGUUUAGGUUAUUUGUGAAGGGACAGUGCAAAUUAAUACAUACACAUGGUAUACAAAAUGUCAGAAUUAGCCAAAAGUCUGUUUUUCAUAUGUUGUCCCUGGCCAAGGUGUUACAGAAUACAUCAGAACAAAAACAAUAAAACAGGACAUGCAGUUUAUACGUUGUAAAAGGACUCACACACGUAGUAGUAGAAACAUUUAUACAUCUAAAACCACAUCGCAAACAACCAGGACAUAUAGAUAGAAGCCGCAAAAAGGGAGUUUAGUGCUGGAUAAUUUAAUUUAAAUUGUAUUGUUAUGUGCUGUAUGCGUCUGCUCUUUGGAGUGUGUAUGAACAGAGACAGAAGAUGGGUGUGCCUUGAACCUUGAUCCUUGAGCCAGUUUAUUAUUAUGAUAACACCAUUUAUAGCAACCCUAGGGAAGAUCAGAUUACAAACUUUAAAAGUGUGUUAACAAGCAUUUUGUAUGAGCUCAUGGAAUAUCAGACUCGGAAAACCAUCAUGUUGUCAAGAAAUAUUAAACAAAUAUGUAAUUUGUGUGACUGUGUUGAUUAUUAAACCACCUUUCCAGACUGUUA